UUGACUUGAACGGUUGGUCGAUUGGCUGUUCGCUCACCGGUUACUUGGUUAAGGUGUUCAGAGCGUAGCUAUAGGCAACACUGAAGUUGAUGUUAAAAGCGAAGUUGUAACGCAGAUAUUGAAAAUAUAUAUGUAUGUAUAUACACAGAAACUCAUUUUUAUGUGAACCUAAUACCAAGUAGAAGUGAAUUUGUCCUGUAUCUAAAAUUUUGAACUGAUUAAGCAAUUUUUAAGGUAUCCGUGCUUUGGUAUAAUGAGAAAAUAACACAUCGUGUGAAACCUGCAACAUUUUUUUCAAUGAAAAGAAUUCCAUUAAAAACCACAACUUGCAAUGAAGGAACAAUUAAAAACUAAUAGAAAACCAUGAAAAAAGUCAAAGUGAAGUGAAUGAACGCGAAUAGCAACAAACGCAGGCAAACAUUAUGAAACCUUUAUAAGCUGCAUAUGUAGGGCAUUCUGAAAUACCCUCAUUAAAAAACAGAAUGCUUCCAACAACCACUUCAUUCAUCGCUAUCGCUGAGUUUAAAAAAUAUCCAACGUGAACGGAAGAGAUAGGCAAAUCGCCAAACUAUUGCUGCCACAAGCCAACACGAUCUAAUACGAAUUUAACUUCACGCCAAUAAUAAUUCAAUAUUCAUGAACGGAAAAUGCAUUUGCUUACUAUAGCUGCCAUACCACCAAAAGAACUCGUUGCAAUUCAAACUGCUGCUACGCUUCCGCUCUUUUCUAGUUCACAUCUUUCUUACCAAACUUACCAUUAUGAUUUUCAUUCUGGUUAAUUAUUAAAUCAUUAUUCGGCUUUGUAAAAUCGGUUGGCACCGGUAAAACUUCAAAAGUACAGCAGGUGAAUAGUUGAACACACAAUGAGCACGACGGCAAUUGCAUCUGAGGGAAACGCAUCUCCAGUGAUCAUAAAUAUGGCUGAAGCAGUCAAAACAAACGAUUAUAUUGCCACCAGCAGAAAAAAACGGCACGAUUAUAAUAGUUUCAGUGAAGCGCUAGGCAAAAAAAAUGAAUUAGCAAAAGUCGGUCAGAGAGAUCAAGCGGCAGAGGGUUUACGCCGCCAACCGACCAAAUACCCGCACGGAUUAAAUAUCAGCAUCCAAGCCAUUACUAAUGAACGCCUUGCAAACUCCAACAACGAUCUGUAUUCGAGUUGUGGGUAUUCACAAGCAUCCACAAUGUGCAGCAGUUGGUGUGGCAACAACAAUAGCAAAUAUCUUUCAAACAGUAAUUGCAAUGAAAGCAUUAGCCACACCACAUGCGACAAGGAUCCAGCGCCGGUUAAUUUUCACCGCAAAUAUCGCCUUAGUAUGCUCAGCAAACCGGAAAAUAUGGCCGAACUGCAAAUGCGCCGCUUCAAGUAUCCUCUCACCGACAUUUAUGAUUUGAACUCACACGAUGCCACGAGUAACAAAAUACUCCUCCCACUGUGUACAUGUCUACAACAUUACGGUCGUUGGAAAUACCUACGCUGGCCUAUCAUAUUUUUGACGAGUACACUCCUCAUCUUUGGCCUCAUAACAUAUUGCAUUUGGCUGCACGAUGCGAGCGUUUCUAGGGAGCGUUACCAGCGACGAUGCCAGAAACUCAACAAGGAUAAGCAAAUUGCGAGCAAUGAAGCGCAAUUGAUAAGCUUUGUUCCGGAUUCAGUGCAAGUAUUACAGCAGAAUGAAAGCUUUGUAUCUACAACUACCAAGAUAACAACCAUUGCAAAUGAAAAUGCAGAUAAAACAGCUACGGACCACAAUCAGAAACACUUAUCGGAUUCCACGAUUUUACGCGCAGUUAACAUUCAAGAGCGGCAGCCUACAAAGGAGCAGAAACUUACAGCAUUUGAGUACGUAAAUUCAUCAAAAGAAAUCGUCACUACGGACAAGGAUUCACACAAGAAGCGUGAUAGGGAGAAAGAUGAGCCUACGCCUGAGACCACAACAUAUGCGGGCGCCGAGGCGGCCUUGGUGCAAACCAAAGUACUGCAUUAUGGUGGCUAUAAUGGUCAUCAGAACAGUUUUGGGGUGCCCAUCGAAGAGCGGCAUCGCAGUUCGAGAAUUUUUGAUGAGAUCUUUUCAUCGGAUCAACCCUUUAUUCCAAUAACCAAGGCGCUAACUAAAGUUUCACCCACGAUACCUCCGUUAACAAAAGUGAAACCAACUCAUACCAUGUCAUCCGGCUUCCGCACCCCCGCUCAGGAUAAUGGUUGCUAUUCUACUUCGCUGCCGAUUUGUCAGGGUGUACUGGACUAUGAUCUAACGUAUAAUUCCACAACUAAAAUGCAAUUUUACGACGAAAAAGCUUUACAAAAGUUGAUUGAAUCAAACUGUUCGAAGCGUGCGUUGGAGUUCAUUUGUGUAACACUGGAACCGGAAUGUAGACCUUCGCAUAUUGGCGAAUUGCCACCGUGUCGUAGGAUAUGUAAAGCUAUUCUGGAAGCUUGCUCUAUCGUCAUAGCCAACUUUGAUGUACUCAAUGAGCUGUUUGACUGUGGUGCCUAUCCUGAUUCCAGCGAUCCUCACAAAUGUGAAGAUCCAACGAGAAUACGGGACUACUGUUACGAUAAUGAAUUCUCUUGCUUUGAUCGCUCCUGUAUACCGCAUCAGUGGCAGUGUGAUAAUAUUAAGGACUGUGCUGCCGGCGAGGAUGAAGAGAGCUGCCUGGUAUGCGAUCAUCAAGAUGAGUUUCGAUGUCGUUCGAACGAAAAGUGUGUGCCUGAGUCAGUGCGUUGUGACCUUAAAUAUGAUUGUUUCGAUGGAUCUGACGAAGAAGAAUGCGAUGAAUAUGGUUCCGGAGAGGAGGUUGCAGCUUCUUUCGUUGAAGCUGCUUUAAAUACAUUUCCCAGAGUAUUCUCCUACGCUAGUUUUCUAUCGCCCAAUCAAACCGAUGAAGGGUUAUAUAGUUAUAUCACAGCAACAACAAAUAAUGAAAACAGGACAAAUUUUGAAGUUCAUGAAAUCACCAAUCGUAUGAGUGGUAUUUCCACCAAAGAGAUUACAAACAAUAUGCCUAGCGAAAGUUCAAAAGGUUUUGUGAACUUCCGUGACAGCAAGGAAAUAAUGAUGACCAGUGACACGGAAAAUAAAUUCAAAUACUCAUCAGCGACCACGACACCACGUUUCACAUUUCCAAACCGCGGCAUGAACAAUACCUACAAUAAAGUACCGUUUAACGCUAUCACACUCUUGAAACCGGCUGCUUCAAUGCGAGUUGCCAUUACGACCCAGCCGUCGAAUCCACCGAACAAAAGCAAUUACAAUAGCAAAGCCGCGCCGGUAAACUCUUGUGCACCACACCAUUUGCGUUGUGUGAGCGGCGAAUGCAUCACAGUUAAUCAACUCUGCGAUAAGAAAAUUGACUGCCCAGAUGGUGCUGAUGAACUGAUGUGCGUAUACAAGGAGCUGCGCAAUUCGACAACAGCGCCAAUGCGCAGCAGCACAGCACGCAUUGAAAGUGCUCGCACUCAAUCUGAAGAGAUGUCAACUACUGUUCGCGCAGAUAAAAGAUCCUUGCCACGUACAGCAAUAAAGCGAAAGGCAAAAGCCUGAUGUUGUAAAUAACAUCACAUAUAAUACUUAUGCAAUAUUUAGAAUGUUGGGCACUUUUUGAAAUAAUAUAAUAUAUGUACCAAGCGUGUUUGUUAAGUCCCAUGGUAUCUUAAACGUGCGUGUAAAUAUCGAAGUAUCUAUUAAACAUUUCUUUCGGAUUUAAUGUACAUAUAUCCAUAUAUAUAAAUGAGUAUGUGCAAUUUAAAGCCUGUGGAUAUACAUAGGUGUUUUAGUAGUUUUAUGUGAGUAUGUAUGUAUAUAAAUGUACCCAUGGUAUUGUAUAUAAAUGAAUUACCCAACUGUAUUAUUCUCGUUGAUUUGUAUUGCUCGACGGCUAUAGAUUCUAAGACGGUGUUUUAAAAUAAUUGUAAAAAUUACUUUCAUU